CGCGUUAGCAUUCGACAACACGGGUUGGACUAUCUGACACAGCUAAGGACAUUUCACCAUACUUUUUGUCGUUUUGGCACUCAAAAACAUUCUUUCUGUACUAAACGUGGACUUUUGUAUGUUUAUGGGGAAAAAAAACAACUUGUUUUUCGACGACAAAGUAGGAGACUUACAAGCUAGCAUGUCGAGUCACAGCCGCCGUUGGAGAGACUCUCAGUCCUUCUGCAAGAAGUUAAACUUUGACAAGGUGACAGUAAUGGACUCCCCGCAGCUGAUGGACGCCGGCGCCUUCGAACAACUGUUGGAUCCCAAGAAGCGCUACGGUGAGGACGACAAGGAGGGACAGUGGGGCGAGGAGAGCUUCAGUUCCCCGUCCCAAUUGAUGUCCCCGAACUCGGCUCUCUUCUCCACCUGCACGCCCUCCCGGAGGAAAGGUCCGUUGUUACACCCAGCUUCACCGGAGCGGUCAGACGGAUCCAGCGCUCCCAUCCCCGCCUGCCCGGAAACACCUCCGCAUAAAACCCCUAGUAAACUGCAACGUUUGGACACGCCGCAUAAACCAAAGAGCCUUCAGUCCCCAAAGAGGACCUCGUCCAGCAUGAGGGGUUACAUCUUCAAUGAUGUGAAGUCUGCAACAAUGUCCUUCAAAGAAAGCAUCACCGGGACACAUCCAAUGCCUCUGGUCAACUUUAACCCUUUCUCUCCCGACUCCCUGCUCAUCCAGUCGGCCACGCAGCAGGGCAGCAACGGGAAACGAGUGCACUGGAACGUUUCCAGUGGUGGUGAAGACUUAGAGACAGGUGACGCUAAGGAACAUGAGGAAAUCAUGCCAGCAUCCAAGAGCAUUACCAUGAUGCAGAGCAACAUGAUGGCAUCUCGCUACGACUCAGAGUUCCUGGAGCUGGAAGAGAUCGGCUGUGGCCAGUUUGGCACAGUGUUCAAGUGUGUAAAGAGACUAGACGGAUGCAUCUACGCCAUCAAGCACUCCAAGAAGCCUCUCACCGGAGCAGUGGAGAAACAGAAAGCGUUGCAGGAAGUGUACGCCCACGCUGUGCUGCACCAGCACCCCCACGUGGUGCAUUACUACUCUGCAUGGGUCGAGGACGGCCACAUGUUCAUCCAGAACGAGUACUGCAAUGGCGGCACCCUGUCCGACGUCAUCACCGACAAUGCCAAGCGCCUCCGCCACCUGACGGAACUCGAACUUAAGGAUCUACUGCUGCAGGUCGUCCGCGGCCUUAAGCACAUCCACUCCAUGUCGCUGGUGCACAUGGACAUCAAGCCAAGCAACAUCUUCAUCUGUUGCAAGUCUAUCAUCAACUGUGACGAGGACAACCUAAACAGCAAAGCUGUCUACAAAAUAGGAGAUCUUGGUCAUGUGACACGAGCCAACAAUUCUCUGGUGGAAGAAGGAGACUGUCGCUAUCUGGCCAACGAAGUUUUCCAACAGGACUAUACUGAUCUGGCCAAGGCAGAUGUAUUUGCCCUCGCUCUCACCGUCAUCAGCGCCUCAGGGGCGCAGCCUUUGGCCAACAAUGGCGACGCGUGGCAUGAAAUCCGCCUUGGGAAACUGCCCGACAUCCCCCAAGUGCUCUUGCUGGAGUUUGUCAGCCUGCUCAAGCUGAUGAUAGACCCUGACCUGGCCAGACGGCCCUCCACCUCUGACCUCAUCUAUCACCCGGUGCUCCUGACGGCCACCAGAAUGAAUGCCAAACAGCUCCGAGUCGAGCUCAACGCUGUCAAGUUAAAAAAUGCCCUCUUGCGAAAGUAUGUUUUUGAUCAUAUGAGGAAAUUAGCAGAGAAAAAUGUGUCAUUACAGCACAUUCUUAUUAACAUACUUUUUGAAGUAUUUGCCUCUAGGAAAUACAAAUAUAAUAGUUGAUGCCACUAAGGGGUGUAAUUUGACGGACCUUCUAUAUACAGCCCCUCCAGGAAUUUUCGCAAUCGCGCCAUGUAACGCAUAUUCAACCAAUCCGCGCAAAUUAUGCGCAGCCUCACAACCUUUUCCAAUGCCCAAAAGUUCCCCGCACUUUUUGGCACAUUUUCACCAAUAUAAUUUUUCUCUGAGCUGUGCUCAAAUACGGACAUAACUGUCUGUUUAAAAGUAAUGUUUAUUUGUUGUGUAGACUAAGCAGGUACGACAACAUGUGCUUAAACAACACAAUUGUCGUCCUCACUGACUCCCUGUACCUGUCUACAGCUCUUAGCCUUCUGGGAAAUGUAAUUAUAUAAACAUUUACUUUCUACUUUACAUGUACUGAUAUAUUUAUUUAACCGUUUUUUAUCCAGGGUAAAAAAAAAUCAUAUUGUUAUAUGCAAUGCUGACCUACCAAAUUUAC